CGUAUGAAGUCACGCGGUUGGAACUUGUUUGUCGAUUGUUAUGAACAGAAGGUGUCGCAUUGGUUGUGAAUUGUGAAGUGAGUUUCGUAAAUUUCGCACGUUUUUACACGUGAUUAUUUAAUUUCUACAGCAGUGUAUAAUGGCUGGGAGGAUAUUCUUGAAAACACCCGUCGAUUUAAGCCGCGCAGUACGCCUGGCUUCGACGCAGACACUAUCAGCGUUUGAGCUGCAACACAAGAGUCCUGUAGUCAGGAAACAGGACCCAAUUCCUGUUGCAUUAUAUGGAGGCCGCCAUGCUGUCACCCUCCUCCCUGGCAGUGGCAUCGGCCCCGAACUGAUGGGCUACGUCAAACAAGUCUUCCGCUAUGCUGGAGCCCCCGUUGACUUUGAAACCAUCCACGUCGACCCAAACAGCGACGACCUACUCCAUUUAAUCACCUCUAUCAAACGUAACGGUGUCGCACUCAAAGGCAACAUCGAAACAAAGAGUGAAGACACUUUAGUACAAUCGAGAAAUGUCGCCAUUCGUAAUGAAUUGGACUUGUACAUCAGCGUACUCAACUGCAAGUCUUAUCCAGGCGUGAGAUCAAGGCAGAAUAACGUUGAUAUUGAUAUUAUCCGACAGAAUACAGAGGGAGAGUAUGCUAUGUUGGAACAUGAGAGUGUUAGUGGGGUUGUAGAAUCAAUGAAAGUUGUAACCGAGUCGAAUUCGGAACGUGUUGCGCGUUGGGCGUUUGAAUAUGCUAGGAUGCAUGGCAGGAAGAAGGUUACAACCAUUCAUAAAGCCAACAUUAUGAAAUUAUCCGAUGGUCUAUUCCUGGAGACUUCCCGACGCGUAGCUAAGGAAUACCCUGAGAUUGAGCACAACGACAUGAUCAUCGAUAACUGCUGCAUGCAACUUGUAAGCAACCCGCAUCAGUUCGACGUCAUGAUCAUGACAAAUCUCUACGGCAGUAUUGUAAGCAAUGUUAUCUGCGGUCUUAUCGGCGGCGCUGGUUUAGUUUCCGGUAAAAACUACGGUGAUCACUACGCAGUAUUUGAACCUGGUACCAGGAAUACCGGAACAUCAAUCGCUGGCAAAAACAUCGCGAACCCAAUCGCCAUGUUGAACGCCUCCUGUGACAUGCUGGACCAUUUAGGCCGUCAGCAACACGCGAAUCUUAUCCGCAACGCUAUCUUCAAAACAAUCUGCGAGGAUAAAAUCCAAACGCCUGACCUUGGAGGCACUGCCUCCAGUACGGAUGUCGUACAGAGAAUUAUCGAUCAUAUUCUUGCCUCAGACGUGAAGGCUUGGAAUGAUUACGCACUCUCAGAGGCUGACUAACUGCACUCACAUAAAACAAUUAAAUUAAUUUAUUUAAACUAAUUUCCGCGGGGGGUGGUGAUGAAGCAUGCGCUUUUAACUCUCAACUUUAAUUUGAAUUUAAUCUCCGCUUUUUGUGCCGUCUUUGUUUG